AUGCGUACCUCCAUCACACUCUCCGCGGCACUGGCCGCCCUCCUUCAGACGGCGGCCGCCGUGACUGGUGCCGCCGAAGGCUUCGCCAAGGGCGUCACUGGCGGUGGCAGCGCCACGACCGUCUACCCCACGACCAACGCCGAGCUCGUCAAGUACCUCGGUGACUCGUCGGCGCGCAACAUUGUCCUCACCAAGACGUUCGACUUCACCGGGACCGAGGGCACGACGUCGGAGACGGGCUGCGCGCCCUACGGCACCGGCAGCAAGUGCCAGGUCGCCAUCAACAAGAACGACUGGUGCACCAACUACCAGCCCAACGCGCCCAAGGUGACGGUCAAGUACGACAAGGCGCCGUUCAAGCCCAUCAUCGUCAAGUCCAACAAGUCCCUCAUCGGCCAGGGCAGCAAGGGCGUCAUCAAGGGCAAGGGCAUCCGCAUCGCGGGCGGUGCCAAGAACAUCAUUGUGCAGAACAUCCACAUCACCGGUCUCAACCCCCAGUACGUCUGGGGCGGUGAUGCCAUCACCCUCGACGGCUCCGACCUCGUCUGGAUCGACCACGUCAAGACGUCGCUCAUCGGCCGCCAGCACAUUGUCCUCGGCAACGCCGCCAACGGCCGCGUCACCAUCUCCAACGAGAUUGACGGCCAGACCUCGUGGUCCGCCACCUGCGACAACCACCACUACUGGGGCCUCUACCUGACGGGCGCCAACGACCUCGUCACCCUCAAGGGCAACUACAUCCACCACACGUCCGGCCGCGCCCCCAAGGUCGGCGCCAACACGCUGCUGCACGCCGUCAACAACUACUUCUACGACAACACCGGCCACGCCUUUGAGGGCGACAGCACGGCCAUGAUCGUCGCCGAGGGCAACGUCUUCCAGAACGUCAAGGCCGCCCUCGACAGCAGCUUCGCCGGCAAGUUCUUCGCCUCCCCCGACACCAACACCAACAAGGCCUGCGCCGCCGCCCUCGGCCACAACUGCCAGCUCAACGCCUACGGCAGCUCCGGCUCCCUCAAGGGCACCAACACGGCCAUCCUCGCCAAGUUCUCCGGCAAGAACGUCGCGUCGGCCGGCCUCGCCACGACGGCCAACAACGCCGUCACCAAGGCUGGCUUUGGCAAGAUCUAA